AUGGACCAUCAGGUUUCCUGCCAGCUUAGGCACGAUCCGUUCGUGAGUGUUAGGGUUGGUGAGGCCUCGCACCCUGGACCGCCAUCUCUUCUUGAAGGGCUUCAGUCCAUCCUUGAAAGCUGUGAGGAGGAUUACGGAGACGCUGCGGAGCAGUGGCUUUUGAGCGAGCUCCGAACACUUGUUUCCGCGCGCCCCUCCAACCUGUUGCAGGAGCUCAAGUCCUUAGUGAAGCGUGCGUCUCGAGCUCCACAGGAUUUUGCACAGACUGACCAUAGUGCUGCUGUGGCUCGCCCUAGAGGUUCAUGCUCUGAAGCUUGGGCUGAGGGCCAGGCUGGAUGGCAUAGCACUUGGGAGGACGAUUGGUGGACUCCGAGUCAUGAUGAUUGCUCAGGUUAUGCAUGGGAGCCUCAUGCUUCCCCUUGGAGGCGGGGGACCACACAUAGAACUGUCUUGUAUGCUGAUGAGUGGUCGGCCCCUGCUGCUUCGACUACGACUCAGUGCAAAGGUGACCAGGCCCCCCAGUCGGCUCUGGCUGGUAAGUGGAAAAACCGAAAGGCUGCCCGCAAAUCCCGGAAUGUUGAGCCAAGUCUUGAGGCAACCUCACGCGGUGAGGGCAAGUCGGCAAGCUCUCAGGACGAAUGGCAAAUCACCAAGGAGUUUUGGGUUGCUGCGGCCCCGCAGGCGGUGGGCUGGACUGAUUGUCCGGCUGACCUCGCUGAGGAACUUGAUGUUUCUGAUGGUGUUGCUUGGUGCUUCCUCACUCAGUGCCCUGAGGAGGCGGAGGAGGCAGCUGAUCUGAUUACGGCUGCGGAGGGGGAUGAAACGUCGCACUCUCUCACCAUCAUGUUCGAUGGUCAUGCUGACGCUUUGGGUGAUUGGGCCUCAGGUGCUCGCCUCACUGCCGUGCCCGGCAAAAUCGGCGCCCGACUUGUCAUGCGCAAGCUUUGGGUUAUCUCCUUUGGUGCAUCUGCUGCUACUCUUAGCACGAAGGAAAGCAAACCUCUGCAAAUCACAUCGCGCCCUCCGAAGCCUGAUGUUCAGAGAGCCUCGAGCGUUGUUGUGCGAUUUGUGUUUGAGCAGCAUUACAACCUGAACUGGGACAAGCUCGCCAAAAAGCCGAGCCACUUUGCAAGGCUUUGGGCUUCGGGGUUCGGGCUCACGCAAGGAUCCAUCCUCGACUCUUGGGGCUGGCAGCUGGAGGGCGAUUCGCGUGUCCGCGGACUCCUUCGAGUUGACACUGCGACUGCCGCACGCUCCCUUUGGGAGAACUCCGGAGCCAUAGCUGGGGGCUGCUGUGCCUUCACCAACAUCCUCGGAGAGUUUCAAGAGAAGGAACGCCAGGAGUACAGGGUUCAGUGGAUUCCUUGGACAAUGCAGGAGCGAUACUCCGACUAUCUUCGCCGUGUGCAAGGUUUGGCCAAACAUGGCAUUGUUUCUGGCCGCUCAUUGGGCAUCCGGUUGACGGUGGACGACCCUUCUUUGAAAGAGUCGCCGUGCCUCUGGCGAGCCAAAGCCGUGCCGGCUCAUUGGCAAUUGGAGCACGUCGCCGCUUUGAUGCAUGAUGUUGGGUUUCGUGACGUCCAAGUGCAGGCCAAACACCGCUCCAAACGUGGAGCCGACUGGCUCUUCAAGGCUGUGCGACGCGACGGAUCCUCAGUGGUCCAGCGGGACUUGUAUUGGGACCCAGACGAUGCCGAUGUCUCCGAGCUCAUCGUUAUCAAAGAAGGCGCCCGACGUGCACGCAAGGUUGCCACCAGGGACAUCCCAGCUUCCUACGCUGUGGAUUUUACGGACUUGGUGAAAUCGGCCUCUGCCUCCAAGAAACUGCCCAAGCCUUCGGGCAAGGGAGCUGCACGCCGACGGGGAAAUGCGAUCGUUGAUGAUGGCCCCGCGGGCGACGCUGGGCAAGAACCUGAUGAGGAAUCGCGCGAGCGCCAAGGACCGGGCCUCAAGCGCAGGGCUGAAGAAUCCGAGGCAGACGUGGACCAGGAGGGCGAACCCACUGAUGCAGCGACCGUGUGGAAGCUCAAUGCUACGCUCAAGGACAACCCGGGUGCCGGCAAUUGUCUUUAUCAUGCACUGGGCAUCUCCGGCGGCAGCGCCGGCAAGGAGUACAAUCACCGUCAGGUGAGGCGAUGGGUCAAUCACAACUUGCUCUACUUUGAGGCCGACUUCAAGGAGAUGUGGACCAAUGGCGGCCAGUUCAACUGCUCAGGUCGCACCUCGGCGUGUUCCUGGAAGGAGUUCUUGCAAGAGCAGACCCAGAACGCCUCCUGGGGCGGAUCCCUCGAAAUCGCGGCGUAUGCUCGAGGCGCCGAUGUGAGGAUCUGGAUUGUUGUUGCUGGUGAGGGUGCUGUUCACCUCAUCAACCCGACUGGCGCUAAAGGGGCGCUCGCUCUUCACUUCGAUCCGCAGCGGCAGCAUUAUCAGUGCUAUGUUGAUUUUGUUGAGCAGCACCUCGAAGAGCGCUACAAGGAGCUUGGCGGCAAGUGCCUUCCCCCUGAUCAGCUUUUGCGAGGAGGAAGCCCCGUGGCGAUUGAGAAUUCCUGCCAGGCGGCCCAGGUUUCGUGCAAGUUGACACAACCGCCUCAACCUGCCAAGCGCCGGUUCCUCACUCUGUCGGAGUGCGCUUCUGAACGCUCUGUCGAGGACUUGAGCCUGGGCGGCACGGCCUGUCCCCCCUUCCGCUCCCUCUCUGACUGUGCUUCGGCGUCUCCUGUCAGGACUCCGGCUCCUAAGGAUGUUCCGCCCAAAGUUGCUUGGUGCACACUCUCUGACUGUGCCUCUGAGCAUGCUGUGGGUGCUCACGGCCAGAGUGCUCCUGCUGCUGGUGUGCCCGUAAACUCUUCCAAGCAUGCUAUGACCCGGCCCCUCACGUUGUCGGAGUGUGCUUCUGAACGUUCUGCUGUGGGCCACCCAAGUGGCCUUCCUGUCCGCACCCUCUCCGACUUCGCUUCUGCCUCUUCUGCCUGGACCCAGGUUCUUAACGACGGCUUGCCCGGUGCUGCCUUCGGCACUUUGUCGGACUGUGCUUCUGCACGAUCGGUAUGUGACCGUACGGGGCAGGGCUUGGAGAUUCUCCCAGCCCCUCUCGAGGGUCCGGCUGCUGAGGCUGCUCAGGUGUGCUGGUGUGAUGAGCAGCAUCACAUAUACCGCAGGCUCUGUGAUCUCUUUUUUGACGCUGACUUACUGUUGCACUCACACAUGUUUGUUCAGCUUGUUCAGGAGAUUGCUGCUGAAGUUGGUCUUGCCGUGGCUCAGCUUGAGCCAGUUGCUGACUUACUGAAUCAGGAGCUCGACACUUUGUGCAGGGAUCCCGACCUUUGUUCGUGGACACCGGCUCAAAUUGCCGAUAUCAGGUGUGCUCUUGACUCACUUCGUGCCGGUCUGACUCAGGAUCUCUGUGAGGCUUCGGUCCAAGACACUCGUUCGGGGAGGCGACGUCUUGUGGGCAAGCAACCUCUGUUUCGAGGGCUCUCGGACUUUGCCUCGGCCUCGGGUGUCUCCAGCGACCCUGUCGGGGUUAAGGCUGCCACUAGAGCCUGGCCCACUCGUGCUGAUCUUCGCAUGCUGCAACACGGUGAGGGCUCUGCGUCAGUCGCCCUGCCCUGUGACAGGAUUACGGUCAAGCCUUCCCGACGUCGCCUGCGGUGCAAGACUCGACCUUGGACCAACCUGGCAGGUGUUGUUGGCACUGAGGCGCGAACUUCCGUGCCAGGGGACAUUAGAGAGCUCGAGCCUGACCUUGAGCCGGAGCCCCCUUGCAAGCGACUUCGAAGGAAUGCCAUUCCUGCCGAGCCUAAGCGAUGGGAGUGCCCCGCUCCGGGCUGCUCUUUUGUUGUGGUUGGAUCACAGUCUAAGAUUUCGAAGGCCAGGUGGAAUCACAAUCAGACUGCUCAUAACGGAUGCUUUCACGUGGGUGCCCAGCGAUUUGAGGACACGAUCCUCACUCCCAGGUCUCCGGAGGAGCUCGCUGACGGCCAAUCCUUAGGCUGGGUCUGUCCCUGUUGUCCCAAGGGUUUUCUCUCUGAUGAGUGGACUCACGCCACGGGCGAGCAACGCACCGCCUCGUGUCGCAAGCAUCGCUUAGAGGAGCAUCGGGAGGUCGCUUUGACUCACUGGUACGCCCUGAUCCGGCUUCGAGGGAACAGGCUCGCUUCGGCGAGGGCGAUCAAGCGCGGCAAGGCCCUCAACAGGGCGGCUGAAGGGUCGGCCAUCGCUGGUUGCACGACCUUUUUGUGGCCCCAGUGGAGCCCGCAGCGUUCUGGGAUCUGUGUGCUCAGAGCUUGGCGCUGCAACACGUGCAUGCACUGCUUUUUGCAUCGUGGCGAUGCUGUGAAGCAUCAGUGUACGGGUACCGCCCCCAUCAAGAGCCGGAACCCGAUCGUCUUGACGAGGCGGUUGCAGGCCCUUGAUGCUCUCACGGAGCAUGCUGCUGAUUCGGCGCUGCAACAGCACGACUUUCGGAUCAUUGUCAACCGGUGCAGGUGUGCACUGCGCGGUGGCGGGUCCUACUGCCAGCCCAUCUUCGAUGCCCUUUGCCAUCACCAGCUUGAUGCAUGUGCUCUGCAAGAGGUUGAUUUGAACUUGGAAAACUCCUUGUCCUUUGCCCGUUUCUGGCGGUCCCAGGGGUGGCAUGCUGUGAUUGCCCCCUCUGAUGAUGGCAAGGCGAGAGCUGCUGUGGUUUCUAGGCUUCCUUUGACCUCUCUGCAGCUCGCCUCCUGCUCUUCACGUGUGGCAGCUGCUCUCACUGAGGUUCGCAGUGGAGGCACCUUCUUCAAGCUUCUCCUGGUGUCUUUCUACGGGAAGGCGGGUGAUGCUGAGGUCACUCGCGAGCUUUUGGCCAAAGCCAGGGAGGAUCUGGCUCCGUUUGGUUUGCCUUUCGUUCUGGCUGGGGACUUUCAGUUUGCAACGACAGAGUAUCCGAUCGCCACGGCCCUUGCGCAGGGUCUUUUGGUGGAUCUCGACGACUGUCGUGCUGAGCCUCCUCCACCCACGGGCCCAGGUAACACUAGGGUGAUUGACUACGCUUUGGCUUGCCCAUCGCUCUGUGCCUCCUCUGCCUGCACUUUCACUGGCAUUGCCGAUCAUAGUGGGGUUUACUACGACUUUGAGGAUCUGGGAGCCUCGCCUCCCCUGCGUCCGCCCACCUUUCGUGUUGUGCGGCACACUCGUGAGGAGGUCCAGGCUGCCUUCUUGACCUCGGCCUUUCAGGCUCAGUGGGGUGCGGCUGUGUCGGUGGAUCAGCAGUGGGAGGUCCUUGCCUCUUUUGCUGACCAUGCCUUGACGGAUUGCGACCCUAGUGCCUCGAUUCGCCACCUCCCUUGGGACCCUAAGUGUAGGACUGGGGGGCAACAUAAGGCUGCCACUGCAUCCGAACCUGUGGAUGUGCGACGUCUUCGCCGGUUCCUUCGCAGGCUCCAGCAGGCCGGCUCUCAUGGAUGCACGGCGACGUUGGGUCGUGCCAUCCGGCGUGACAUUGCACAGCUCACUGAGGUCUUUCCCUCCCUCUCCCAGGUGCUCGCCAGCUCCGAUGACUUCUCGGACGCUGCUGCUGCUGUCACGCAAAUCUUGCAGGAUCGUGUUGAGGCGUUACGCUCGAUGCGCAUUAAGGCUUGGAAGACUGCUACUAAGGAGGACCCCUCUAAGCAGCGGAGAUGGAUCAAGGAGAGGGCGGAGCUUCUGCUGGCUCGCACUGCUAAGGGUCUCUCCCCUGAAGGCGCUGCCCAAGCCUCGUUGUUGCCUGAGGCGGUCCUUGAGCAAGAAGGGCGGCAGUGGACUCGCCUGUGGACGGCAUCGCCUCAGCUUCAGAGUCACGUGCGGCAGGUUUCGUCCUUGCUGGCCGCGCUGCCAGCCUUGUCCGAGGAGCCUACGGACUUCGACCUCAGCCCCGAGGCUUUGCGUUGCUCGAUGGGUAAGAUGGCUGGCAAAAGUGGUGGCGCCGAUGGCCUGCAAGCGGCUCAGUUGCUUCACCUCCCGCCGCUGUGGUGGGCUUCCUUCUCGCAGCUAUGGAUGAACGUGCUCAGCACUGGCUCCAUUCCUUUGGUGUGGAAGCGCAUCUCUGUCGUUCUACUUCCUAAGCUGACGGGCGGUUAUAGGCCUAUUGCCCUAGCUUGUGUUGCCUGGCGCUGCGGCGCCCGAUGCCUCAUGGCCGGCUUGCGUGACUGGUGUGAUCGUUGGGCGGGCGCCUCUUCCUUUGGGGGUUUGCCCACCCGUUCGACUGCUGACGUGCACAAGCGGGUGCACUGUGCGUUGCUCCGUGGCACAAAGGUUGCUGUUCAAGAGGACCUCCGCCGCUUCUUUGACUCCGUGCACUUCACGCUUGCCGAUCAGGUUCUCGCCCGCUGGGGCAUGCCUCUUGCGGUCCGACGGGUUCUGGCAGCGUUUUACGACAAGCAAGAGCGCUUGCUCAUGGUGCGCGGCCGGUGCGCUAGCACUUGGUUUCAGGCCACUUGUGGCUUGAUUCAAGGCUGCCCUCUCUCCCCUGUGGUGGCGGCGGCGGUCAUGCAGGUUUGGGCCUCUGUUGUUGAGGGACCGUCGGUUCUUGCCCUGACUUUCCAGGACGAUCGCACUAUGCUGGCAGUGGGAGGACCUGUCUCUGCUCAGUGUGAGGAGCUUCGCGCGGCUGGCCUCCGCUCCAAGACCUUUGACACUGCCUUUGCGUUGGCCUGCGACCCCGGGAAGUCCUCUGUUGUUGGCGGUCCGGACGCCCAGGGGCUUGCGGACACUUUGGGAUACGCGCGAGUGGAGGCCUUGUCUCUUCUGGGUGUCUCUCACCCUCUUGACUGCACUCUGCCCAAGCAGUUUCAGCGCCUGUUCUGGGAGCGUGUCCAUGCACGGCUUCAGUACACCGGACUGGUUUCGCAUAGCACUCGGCAAGUGCUGUUGCACCUCCAGAGCCUCUGCUUUGCGCCUUUUCUUUGGGCAGCUGGUUUUGUUCAGCCCUCUGACAACGAGUUUGCUGCCCUCAACGAGCCGGUGAAGGGGGCGCUCAGGUUGGCCCUCACUAGGGAGGCCCCGCCGGUCCUCUUUCACGAGAUCUUUGAGUGGCGAUCCUCUGCGCGCUUCUGUGCCGAUUGGGCCGUCCUGCGCACGGCGGUGGCUGCUUUCUGUGUCCGCCGAUCUUGGCAUGAGAACCUGUUGCUCGACGAGCUUGUGACUCCGUGGCAGUUUUCGCUGCCUCAGGCUGCGCCCCUGCUCGCCAAGCUUGGCUGGACUGUGGCGAGGGAUGGCAGCGCCAUCCACCGUGUCGACGCUUCCGGUCGACAGCGCAGCUUUUGCUUAGGUUACGACGGCCUCCAUGUGCUUCGCGAGUGGCUCCUGCUAUACCACCGACGCAAGACCUUGGCGCGGUGUGGUCGCACACGGCAAGCCUUCCACAGGAGCGAGGCGGGCUUGGCGCGGGGCUUGGACCUGCCUGGUCCUCAGCCUCAUGCCUUCAUACGGGCUCUUGGUCCUCGGGCCCUGUGGAGCUCUGCCAAUGACCUCGAAGACCGUAGAGCUGCAAUGGCUACUGGCGGCACCUGCUGGUACUACGGGGCAAUGCAUGCCUUGGAUGAUAAGGAGCAUGCCGUCUGUACCUGCGGCCUGACGGCUCCCAGUCGGGCUCACAGGUCUUGGGUUUGUGCUGACACUGCUGAUUUGAGGCAUGGCAUUCCGAUGCCACUCAAUCGUGCACAGGAACGCCUGAUGGCGCGAGAGUCUGUUGAGGAGCCCCCUGCUCCGGUUCUGGUGGCCCCGGAUGAGUUGGUGGCCGAAGUUGCGGAGGACCUGUGCCUCGGUGAGUCGACUCUCAUUGCAGCGACGGACGGCAGCAGCAAGCACAGCGUUGGUGCUGCCGCGUUCACCCUCCCUGGACAACGCGUCAAGGUUGCCAGCGGCUUGCCUGGUGAAGACCAGAGCCCCUAUAAGGCGGAGCUCCAUGCGCUUCUCCUUCUCUUCCGUGUCUUCUGUGCUGUCCCCUCUGAGCAGCGGACGGCCGUGAAAGUGCUGCAUGUGUUCUCUGAUUGCCAGUCGGCUCUCACUGCCAUUCGGACCGGCAAAGGUGCGCUGCCGCUUCUUGUUCGAGAUGUCGCUAUGCUGUGCGCUGACAUCGCUCGCUCAGGUGUGGAGGUUCAGCUCCACUGGGUGCCCUCCCACGGGAAGCCCGCUCCGUCUUGGGUACCGUGGCCUGGAGCGCAUCCUGAUCUCCAGCGUCAGUGGAACGCCGAGGUUGAUGCGCUUGCUGCUGCGGAGUGCCAUCGACGCCUACAUGGAUCGCAGCGCGAGGCUUUUGCGCGACACUUGGAAGAGAUCCAGAACUGGGAAAGGCGGGUCUUGAGAGCCUCCGCCGAGGCCUCCCGUCGCUUGUCUAAGGCGCUCCAGGGUGUCGGUUAG